UGUUGAUGUGAUGUAUUUUGCAUUACCAAAUUCUUUGUUGGGUUUUGGGAUAUUUGAUUAAAUAUUGAUGUAAAACGGGUAAAAAAAAUCUUUUGAAUUUUUUGUUUAAUUAAAGGUUAUCUAUCAUCAUUGCACGACACUUGAGCAGAAGGUACCAUUACUACUUCUGUCGCCCAGUAAAAUUGCCAUCAUGGGCGACUUUCCAGAUCCGGAUGAAGAGUUUGAAAUGAUGUAUGCUGAAGAGAUGGAAGUGAUGCAGGAAAUGGAAGAUCAUUAUGAACCACCUCGAUCAUCUAAAAGAAGCUUGGAUUUCUUCAGCGAGAACUCGGUAACAGCCACUGAACUGGUGGCUCCGGAAACGGCCAGAGCUUCCGGUCUGAAUGACAGCCUGCAGGAGGAGCAGGCCCUGGUGAGGAUAGACUCUCUAGUGGAUGGCGUGACGCCCUUGGGAUCGCGCAGUGGGGUUGGCAGCAGUGCCGCGGUUCCUCCGGCCGCAGCGAGCCCACCCCAGGCUGUCCCCGGCGAGUGCGAGCCAGACAGCAGGAAGAGGACCGUGGAGGACUUGUUCGGCGACAUCACAGACUUGGAUGCAGAGGAGAUUGAUGCUGUUUUUGUGAAGAGAAGGAAGCCUUGUCCAGAAAAAGACACGGACGAAGACCUAAUAAAUAAAAUAGUUGCUGGCAGAAAAGAGGCACAUGACAGGAUGAAUGCUAAAAGAAUUUUCAGUAACUCCCAACCUGUGAGCAGCGCGGCGGGCUGUGGCAUCUCGCGCAGAGUUCCCGCUUGGCCGUUCGUGGCCAUCGUGGGUGGCGAUGGCGACCGCUGGUACGCGCGGCUGCGUUCCGAGGAGCAAGUGGACAAGGAGAUAAAAGAAGUUGGGGUUCAGGGUAAAACGAUAGGUCUGCUCACCGUCUCCUACGAGACAAUCUGGAAUGCAGCUCAGCAGAUUCUGGAGAAGAGACUGGACCGGGAGCAGGUGGAAGCGGACGCCCGGCUGGCCCGGGACUCGGGCCGCGAGGCGGCGAGCGGGGCGGAGGCCCAGGAGGAGACGGCCGACCUGUGGGUGGUCAAGUACAAGCCCCGCAGCUACGUGGACCUGCUCAGCGAAGAGGUAACGAAUCGAACACUCUUGCACUGGUUGAAACUAUGGGACAAAGUGGUGUUCAACCGUGAGAGGAAAGUGAAGCAGAAACACAAAGAGGAGCCUGUGAAGCGAGAUGGGCGGUUCCAGCGGAAGCCCCAGGCGGUGGUCAACGAGGAGCUGGACGAGCACGGCUGCCCCCAGCAGAAGAUGGCCCUGCUGUGCGGCCCGCCCGGGCUCGGCAAGACCACGCUGGCCCACAUGAUCGCCACCGUCGCAGGAUACAAGCCGGUGGAGAUGAACGCGAGCGACGACCGCAGCCCGGAGGCGUUCCGCCUGCAGCUGGAGUCGGCCACGCAGAUGCGCUCGGUGAUGGGGGAGCAGCCGAGGCCCAACUGCCUCAUACUGGACGAGAUCGACGGCACUCCGGCGGCUGCGAUCGAGGUGCUGGUGAAGUUCGCCACGGGCAAGGACGUGGGGAAGGGCCGCGGGAAGAAGAAGGCCGCAGGCGCAGGCGUCCUGAAACGCCCCAUCAUCUGCAUCUGCAACGACGUGUACGUGCCGGCCCUGCGACCGCUGAGGCAGCUGGCGUUGGUCGUCAACUUCCCCCCAACUGCGUCUGCCAGGCUGGCGCAGCGCCUCAUGGAGAUAGCGCGGAGCGAGCGCGUCCGGACGGACCUCACCGCGCUGCUGGCGCUCGCGGACAAGGCCCACAACGACAUCCGCACCUGCUUGGGCGUGCUGCAGUUCUUCAAGACGCGCGGCGGGGAGAUGAAGGCGUGCGACGUGCGACGCUCGGCCGUCGGCCAGAAGGACAUGCAGAAGGGCCUGUUCGCCGUGUGGCAGGAGAUCUUCCAGAUACAGCAGCCCAGGCAGAAGCCGUCAGGAAGACAACUCCCCAGCAUUGGUGCGUUGCAGCAAAUGGCAGGCCACGAUUACGCGGAUGUGAUGCAUGGCGACCUAUCAUUCGCUUCGAGAAUGAACAACAUACUCAAGACUGUGCAGGGUUACGGUGACUACGAGCGUUUGAUGCAGGGUGUGUACGAAAACUUCUUGUCGUUGAACGUUAAGGACAGCACUUUGAGAUCUGUGUGCAUAGCUCUGGAUUGGUUCCAAUACUUUGACGAACUGAACAGGCAAAUAAACACCUCACAGAGCUACUUCCUAAUGCCGUACAUUCCCUUCUGCUUCGUCGCGUGGCACUUACUGUUUGCCAGUUUUGCGUGGCCGAAAAUUACGUACCCGAGCGUUGGCUAUGAGAUGUCGGUGAAGGACGGCCGCAGGAGGCAGUCCCUGGCCGAGCUCAUGCGCGGCAUGUGCCCCUCCAUCAGGUCCUGCUUGCAGGGGGACCAACUGCUGCUCGACACGCUGCCCAUGAUGCUGCACGUGCUGGUGCCGAACCUCAGGCCGGUGAACAUCCAGCUAUACAGUGCCCGCGAGAAGGCAGAGCUGAGCCAGGUGGUGGGCAUUAUGGUUGAGUACAACCUCAGCUACAUACAGGAGAAGACACCAGAAGGCAGCUAUGUCUACAAACUGGAACCGAACGUCGAGGAGCUGUGCUCGUUCCCGGGGCUCCGGCCGGGCCGCGCGCUCUCCUACGCCAACAAGCAGAUGCUGUCCCGCGAGGCGGAGCUGGAGAGGAUGAGGCGAGCCGAGGAGAAGCUGGCGGCCAUGAGCAUCCGCGAGGGCCCCGCAGAGGGGGCCCAAUCUGGACCCACCACCCGCCUAGGCGAGGAGGGCCGGCGGCUCCCGAACCACCUGCAGUGCCUCGUGCCCAAGUCGGUGGCCCCGCCCAGGACCGUGCAGUGCACGGACUUCUUCGGCCGCGUGGUGGAGCGCGCCGGCGCCGGCGACUCUGCGGCGCACUUGGACGAGAUAGUGAAGAGCGACGUGUGGUUCCACUUCAAGGAGGGCUUCAGCAACGCCGUGCGUCGGACCGUCAAGAUGCGGGACCUGGUGUGAGAGACCUGCGCGGAGUGAUACUUGCUCGGAGCCCUCCUCGCCCUACUUCCUGGCACGACUGGCGCCAGGCCCGGGCCUUCUUUAUCACCGACACACACCUGCAGCCCCCAGUGUUAAAUAUUUGUUUUGAAAUUGUAAUCUCUUUGCUCUUUAUAUAUCAAAUUAACGUAAUUUAUUAUAAUUUUAAUAACGUUGAAAUCAUAUUUAUUGUUCCUGUCAUUCAUUUGUUAUAUGUUUAAAGUAUAGAUAAAAUAGAAAAAAAAAAUUUUUUUUUUUUCCAAAUAUUAGUUCCUGGUUGUCGGCAAGGAUCUUCUCCAAAAUGUUAGGUCUUCUCAAAAGUCAAGGACGCCACUGUUUUCAAGAAACGUUUAGCGGGCUUGACCGAUGAACACAAUGUUAGUUUAUCUCAAUAGCUGCAUAGCACUUAUCUUUAGAGGUUUUUUUUUUUUUUCGCGAAAAGAUUUUGAGACUAGCUGAGAGCUGAAAAAACUGUAGCGUCGUCUGCGUUUUGUGAAUGGUUGAGUUUUUCUUUCAGCCAUUUAGUAGGCAAGCAAACGCAUUCUGAAUGGCCAACCGAGUGGUUUUUAUAAAAUACCAAUUUUUUUAAAUAAUGUAUUUUUUAAUAGAAUCUCGUAAUUGUUUUAAUGAAAGGUCUAAUUCCUUUCUAAAAGGCACAAAAGUUUGGUAAUUAAUGUUCCUUGUGAUUUACAGGAUUAAUAAGUUAUAUCUACACUAAUCAAGAUAUUGUAAUUUAAAUUAUCUGAAUAAGUUGUAAAUAAUGCCCAGCUAAAUACUCCUCAAAAAUUAAAAAUAUAAAUAGUUGAUUCCUAUUCUGUGGGCAAUCCUAGACUUUACUGUAAAUACCCUUUCUGGGUUUAAGUCCCAGUCAGAUGAGCAGAUUUAUGGGACUUCAGAUCUUUGAUGUUAUAACUUCUCUGGUUCAACAUGAGUGGCAGAAAGCGAGAUGUUGAAUGGCUUUCAUUUGAACAUGCUGAUAACUAAAAUAAUAAAAAAAGAAUUAUGGUUUGAACCAAAAAAAACCCUGAUUAAACAAAAAAUAUAUAGUUUUUUUUUUAAACCUGGUUUUUCUUCAACCCUGGUUUACGGCCAAAGGCCUCUGGGAAAGUUCCACUGUUUGCAAUGCUCUUUGGUUUCUCGUCUCUUGGAGUAUUUGCCCCCCCCCCCCCCCCCCCCACCCCUCACCCUCUCGUCACUCCGCGUCACUUUGCGUCACUCUGCGUCACUCUGCGUCAAGUCAAACGCAGUCUCGUGUUCGUGCAGCGCUGGUGUUCAGGUCACUCACUCUCAGUGCGACCCGACCUCCAGGACUGAACAAGACCCACAUUCGAACUCCGUGAGUCCUCGGCUUGCUGGGAAAGAAACCUUGAGGCAGGCAGGCCUCUAUAAACGAUUUCCGUAGUUUUUUUUAAUAUAUAAAAGAGGAAUGCUGCUAUAGGAAACUAGUUCCCAUACCCAUAAGUAAAAUUUGUUCGUAUUAACAACACAUUACUGUUAAAAUUAUAAAAGUCAGUUCUGUACCCUCAUGUUUAUGUCACUUAUUCGAAACAAGCUUUUCUUUUUUUAAAUAUAUUUCAAAGAAAAUUGCUGCUGUAAGUGAUUCGGUGGCUAGUUUCUGAAGAAUUAAUAAUUUAUUGUAAAAGAGCUAAUAAAGGUUUGUUGUGUGUACAGAAAUAUUCAGAAACAGUACAAGAGUGAUUUUAGAGAUUGUUAAAGAAGAGGGCACACACGCACACUGAAUAGACACAUGUACUCUUGUUUUGCUGGGUCUACCAAUACUUACUAUACUACUACUGUUCAUGUUUGUACCUGCUUGUAUACACAAUUUUGACCUGUAAACGAAUUGAUUUGGCGUGGAGCUUUGUUAUACCAAAAUUAAUUUGGAACUCUGUGUUUUAUUUCCUGUUGCAUAUAUUUUGGUGAAAACUGUUACACUGUGAUUUUAAACACAUUUUUAAAAUUUGUAAAUCAGCUUUUGUAUGUUAUAUAUUGUACAUUCAUAAAUAUACAUUUUUUUUUACUUUA